ACGAUGUUUCUGGAUUCUACUGCACUCCUCUCGUAAGGAACUCUCCUUAUGAGCCCUCUUCUCCUUUUCUUCUCUCUUGGACUAGAAGCACAAAACUAAAACAAAAGUCCAAUUACUUCAUCUCAAAUGGAUCCCGAAACAGCGCUAGAGUAUGUGAAACAAGGAGCCACGCUGCUCCUCCUCGACGUUCCUCAGUACACUCUUGUUGGAAUUGACACUCAGUUGUUCACGGUUGGUCCUGCUUUUAAGGGCAUUAAGAUGAUUCCUCCUGGCCCGCAUUUUGUGUUUUAUAGUUCAUCUAGCAGGGAUGGGAAGGAGUUCUCACCAAUUAUUGGCUUCUUUAUUGAUGCUGGCCCCUCUGAGGUGAUUGUUCGUAAGUGGAAUCUAGAAGAGGAACGGCUGGUGAAAGUAUCUGAGGAAGAGGAAGAGAGAUUUUAUCAAGCAGUUAAAAGCUUAGAGUUUGACAGACAUCUUGGUCCUUAUAAUCUCAGUCAGUAUGGAGAAUGGAAGCGCUUGUCUAAUUACCUCACGAAGAAUGUCAUCGAACGAAUUGAACCCAUCGGAGGUGAAAUUACAGUUGUCAAUGAAUCUGGGAUGGUUACACGUGCUCCUAAAACAACAAUGGAAAAGGCUUUAGAUGACCAAUUAAAGACCAGUAAAUUCUCAGCAUCUGCAUCUGUUGACAAGAUAAAGAAGAGAGGAUGUUAUUACACAUCAAUUCCUCAUGUUAUUAAACGCAGAGGAAUGAAUAGAGAAGAACUUACAGCUUUGAAUCUUGACAAGACAGAAUUAUUAGAAAGCCUUUUGAUAAAAGACUAUGGAGGUUCUGAAGACUUGCUUCUUGGAGAGCUGCAAUUUGCCUAUAUUGCAUUCUUGAUGGGCCAAUCACUUGAUGCAUUUUUACAGUGGAAAUCUUUGGUUAGCCUUUUAUUGGGUUGUACUGAAGCUCCAUUCCACACGAGGAGUCAGCUAUUUACAAAGUUCAUAAAGGUCCUAUACCAUCAACUGAAAUAUGGACUUCAGAAAGAUAGAGCAGAAACUAAUGGUGCAGGGAUAGGGAUAUCGACACUGUUGGAUGAGUCCUGGUUUUCUACUGAUAGCUUUUUACACCGACUUUGUAAGGAUUUCUUUAUGUUGCUGCAAGAUGCCUCAGUGGUUGAUGGAGACCUUUUGACAUGGACCAGGAAACUCAAAGAACUGCUCGAGACCAGUUUAGGAUGGAAGUUCCAACAGAACAAUGCAGUAGAUGGAAUAUUCUUUGAAGAUGACGACGAGUAUGCUCCUGUAGUAAAGAUGUUGGAUGACACCACCUAUAAUGAAGCUGGAGCAGCAUAGACCGGAAAAACAGACCUCUCCUUUUACCGUCCCUUGUCGGUAUCAACAUCAGAUGAGAUGCUUCUAGGGCAUGUCUCCAGUUCCUACGAUACCACUAGAUUUUACAACAGAAGUUAAUUCCAAUGCGAAUCUUUCAUCUGAUUAAACUUUGCAGAUCAUAGUAUUGUACAUAAGUUUGUUAGUAUUACUUUUUCUUUUUUACAAUGUUUGAUCUCCCUUUGAGUUGUAUAGGCACUUACGUGGUUUGCUGAUUUUAGAUUCUAAUCAGGUUGGUAAUGUUUGAAUUAAUUCAUGAAAUUUAUUAAACAUUAUUGAAUUAUCAAUCAAGGUUCAUUAAAA